CCUCUGCAUCCCCCCCGCUCCUCGCCAGCCACCUGCCGUGCACCCCUGGAGGUGCGGGGGGAGAGCCAGGGGGUGAUCCGCAGCUUCCCCCCCCGGCAUGGCCGCAUCCUGCCUGGCAAGUGCACCUGGGUCAUCCUGGGGGGCCCAGAGGAUGUGGUGACCAUCAGGUUCGAGCGGUUCCAGUUGGCGUGUGGGGAGGCGAAACUCUACAUUUGGGCUCACUCCUACCCCCACCAGGCCCUCUGCGGCUCCCGGCUCCCCGCCCCCCUGGAGUACAGGGGCACCAAUGUCACCCUGAGCUACGGGCGCACCUGGACGGUGGCAGAAGGAUUCCAGCUCCGCUACGAGAGAGGUCCCCUCCUCUCUGCCUCACCUCCAUCUUGUAACCUGACCCUGGAUGAUUUCUAUGGGGUCUUCUCUCCGCCUGCCUGGCCUGGAGGCCCUGCUGGAGCCCUCGUCCGGUGCCGCUGGGCCCUGGACCCCCACGACAGUCGCCCCCUCACUGUGCUCUUCACCACGCUGGACCUGGCUCCGAACGACUCCCUAGAAGUGUACGAGGGCCACCCAGACCUGUUGGCCGAGCCGCGGCUGCUGCGGCGUGUGGAUGCGGCCAGCAACGGGCAGCCAGUGGUGGUGGAGUCGCCCUCCAGCCGGGCGUGGGUGGCCUGGCAGGGCCUGGGGGGCCGUGGCUUCAACGCCACCUACCACGUGCGUGGGUUCUGCGUGCCCUGGCAGCGGCCCUGCGGCCGGGGGGACGAGGCCCGGUGCUACGGGGAGGCGGAGCGCUGCGAUGGCAUCUGGCACUGCCCAGACGGGGCGGACGAGGAGCACUGCCCAGGCUGCCCAGAAGGGAGCUACCCCUGCCGGGGUGGCGCCGGCGGCCCCUGCUACGCACCCGCUGACCGGUGCAACUACCAGACACUGUGCCCGGACGGGGCGGACGAGCGGGGCUGCUGGCACUGCCAGCCCGGCAACUUCCGGUGCGGGGACGGGCGCUGCGUCUACGAGGCCUGGCGCUGCGACGGGCAGCCUGACUGUGCCGACGCCUCGGACGAGGUCUCCUGCCCCUACACCCUGCCCCGCAAGGUGGUGGCAGCCGCGGCCAUCGGCAGCCUGGUCUGCGGCCUCCUGCUGGUCAUCGCGCUGGGCUGCACCUGCCGGCUCUACGCCGUGCGCAGCCGGGAGUACAGCCUCUUCGCCCCCCUGUCCCGCAGCGAUGCCCAGCUGGUCCGGCAGGAGGCGCCCCCGUCCUAUGGGCAGCUCAUCGCACAGGGGCUGGUCCCACCCCUCGAGGACUUCCCCACCGAAAGCCCCGGGCAGACGUCGCUGCUGGGGAAUCUACGCUCUCUGCUCCAUCUGCUCCAGCACGAGCCGGUUGGGGGGCGCCGGGCGCGCCCCCCCCGCCCCCUGCGCCGCCUGCUGCGCCGCCUACGCCGCUGGGGGUUGCUGCCCCGCUCCACCCCAGCCGCCCGCCCCCCUGCCGCCCCCCCUGCCCAGCCCCUGCCAGACGCUGCCAGCCAGGAGGAAGGGGGGGCAGCUGGUGGGCCCGAUGAGGCCCCGCCCCUGCCGCAGAAAGUCCCGCCCCCUGGGCCAGAGCCCCCCACAGCCACGCCCCCAACGGGCCCCCAGCGGCUGCCCAGGGGGAUGAUGGGGGCCCUCCGCGGGUGCCUCUUCCCCUCCCCCGAGGGCUGUGGGGAGCCCCCGAGCCUCUCACCCUCCCCCGAGGGGGAGGACGACGUUCUGCUAGUGCCCCUCGCUGAGUCCCGGCCCUCCCCCCCUGCUGAGGCCCUGGAUGACGACCCCCUCCUCACCUGAGCGCCCCCCGCCAGGCCCCAUUGCCUUUAAGAACCCAGCAGCCAACGGGGAGAGUGGUUAAGCCACCCCUGCCCCCAGCAGGGGUCAACUGGGGUGGCAAUAUCUGUGAGGGUCUCAAAAACUCACCCGCAAAGGAUGGUGCCAUUGCACAUUGCCUUUAAGGACUUAACGCUAACUGAGCAGAGAGAAAACAUUUGCCUGCCAGUUAAAAAAGCUCUUCAAGGGCAUUGCCUUUAAGAACCUGGCGGCUAAUCGGGGAGCAGGGCAGCGCGGCUGGUUGAACCAAUCACGCCCACCCCCCAGAGGCCAGUUCUGGCUGCAUCUGACCAGAAGGAAAAAUAUUUGUGUGGCAGUCAAAAAAGGCUCUUAAAAGGGAUGUGUCCUUUAGAAAUGUUUGUAUGGCUGUUCUAAAUAACAUCUUAAAGGUGCUGGAGCCCUAUUAGAGGAGGAAAGAAAUGGCAGUUAAAAAAGACUCUUAAAGGCGACGGCUCAGCUGGCAAUAAUUUUCCUCUUCUAUGAGUUGAAAUUUUCUAUCAUCAAUUAUUUUUUCAUACCUGGGUUAGAAAAAUGAACCUUCGCACAUUUCUUUUUGCAGUGCCUGAUAAAUGAAUCUUUACAGUAAGCAAACCUUUUUUGUGUGGAGGUUAAAAAAAGGUCUUUUAAAGGCAAUGGGCAAAAUCAGCAACAUUUUACUCCCUGUUGGCUAAAAUGUGGUUCUGAUUGAAACAAAAAAAAAAGAAAUAGACAGAAAAUGAAUAUGUAAGUUUAUGUGGCUGGGAUUCUCCGUGCAAAAUAUUUGCAUGGCUGUCAAAAAAGAAAACUCUUAAAGGUAAUGAUCAUUUAACCUCCUCUAGAGAUUGUUUUAAAUGAUUGGGUUUUUUUUAAAUAUGACUUAGAAGAGACAAUGUGCGUCUGUAUUCCACUGACAAAUCGAACAGUGAUUCUGAAUGUCAAAAGAUAUAUGUGGCAGUUAAAUAUAUAUAUAUAUAUAUUCUUAAAGGCAAUGACUAAAUCUGAAAGAUUGUCGGCCAUUUUUGAUAGAUUUUUUUAAUAUAUGUGUCAUUUUUGUAAAGAAGGUGAGAAAUAAGAUUAAAAGAAAUGUGUGUGUCUAUGGAUGGGGGAAAUUAACAUGUGAGUCUUGGCACCAAAUAUUUGUAUUGUAAACUGAUUUUUAAAGGCAAUGGCAAAAGCGUUUAACCAGA